CCGGCCUCAAAUGUUUUGCGACACUCUUGUCGUUUGCCUUCCUACAAUGGUGCUUGUGGUGCGGUGUUGUGACGCAACAACAAUAAGAUAGUACCGCUAUUUCGUUUGCAAUGGUGCCGUUGAUGUACUCGCCGACCGUGUACAAUCAGAGUUGCCAAUGGUCCAAUAUCCAUGACGUGAGCAAGACGGCCAUUAGCAGCAAUGCGUCUUCUUUGUUGUCGCCAUCAUCCAACACGGCACAGUCUCGUGAUUGGGGGUUGAUGCUGGCCACUGGGUCAUCGCUCUCCGGCUACGACCUAUUUCGCUGCGCCGUCGUCUUGGCCGUCACGUGUGGAUUAAUUUCGGGCAACUUGAUCCUGGCCCUGGCCGUCAACUGUAAAUACUCGGCCGGAAUCCUUCAAUUCCAAACACGCUGUUUACUGACAUCGAUCGCUACCAAUCACGUUGCUACCGGGUUAUUAGUCACCAUAUGGAAUAUCUACCCGAGCUUAAUAGGCUGCUGGCCCUACGGAGUCCUUCUCUGCCAAAUACAAGCAGUACUGCUGGGCUCGCUGAAUCAACACGGUUCUAUCUUAUGGAUAUUGGUGGCUUUGGAUCGUUACAUUUUUGCUACUCGUCGGCAUCGAUACUUGCAGCUCGCCUCGUCCAAGCUUUGCGUUUGGGUGGCAGGAUCUACUUGGGGUCUCUCUUUCGCCUACUAUACUUCAAUUGUAUUGCCCUACAGAGCCUUCGACUAUAGCAACGACGGACUUGCCGGCUGUGCUCCGGUACCUCAAACGGGCGUUCUCAUGUUGGUCAGCACCUGCUUGCUCUACUUCCCGACGACCAUGAUUUUACUUUACGUCUAUGGUACCGUCUUCCAUUCGCACAACAGUAGUCAACGGUUAGUUCCGACGAGGACUGUGGCGUUACCAGGGCAGGGCGCUCAUUUCGUCAAAUCUACUCGUUACGAAUGUAACGAUCAUUGUACCGAAGGGUAUUGCAACGUCAAGGUGGAAGAAGCAGUGACUCGGUCCGUGGCGACCAUGUCUUUGGCCUUCAUUAUCAAUUCAACACCGUGGAUCAUUAAGCAAAUCAUCGUCGCAUGUCUUGGCAACGAGGUCGUGCCGUGGUUGGACUUUGUGAUCACUUGGAGCUCACUGAGUCUGGGCGUUUGGAACCCGAUACUCUGUUGGCUGCUUUGUCCGCCGAUUAGAGAUGGCGUCCGACAUAUACUCUCAAUGGCCUGUUCCUGCUGCUACACCAACAAUUAUUCACAACCCACAAGGCGAUCGUCCACGUGGGCAACGGAGAUAUCGACCGUUAACGGCCUGGCAGGCCUUUCUUGCGAGAUUCAUCCGAGCCCAGAACAGCAGCAACCCAAACCGCAUCCAAAUUCGCCCGUUACCGGUCCCACGACGCCCAUCCGUGGCGUCCAGUACCUGCCUCACAUUUUACCACCACCUCCAUCGGUCAAGGCCUCUGUCCAGUUGGUAGCGUCCCCGUGCUGCUCACCGGGGCGAUCUCUCGGAGCUGUCGAUCACGACGAGCGAAUUUGGAGCGAGAUUCUCGAGCGGAGUCUUUCUUCCAGCUCACUGCAUCAUUUACAUAGGUUGCAACGUAACCAUGACGACGAUGAAGAAAAUGACCUUUGUAGUAGCCAGCCGAGUCGAGAGCUGGACCCAACACGAACAUCGGUUGCGAUGUCGUAUCAGCAGGAGAAACGUCGUAACGGGAAACCGCCAGUUGGCAACUGGCACGUCUGAGAAGACACUGACAUCCAGACGUGCCUUUUGAAUUUCAAAAGAAACGACUACCACGGUGAACAAAAGACGUCUAUAUGAGACGCAAUAAGGCUCUUAUGCUCUUUAUAUUCGGUUGAUCGACCCAGCUCGGUGUAGCCCUUACAAAGUAGUUGACAUCGUUAUCAACAUGCAUCGUCGAGUAACAUUAAUAUUGGAAAUUUGCUUCUUUUGAAGAUUGAUUUUACAAUUCCCCGAUUUGCUAUAUACCUUCUCCCCCCGCACGUUGAUUGCUGAUGAAUUCGCUUCCCUUUCCACCAGUUUUUCUUGAAAAAAUUAAACUCUGUAAUGAAAACUGCUUAGCUAUCUUUUCCUCUCUCCGGAAUCGUGGCAAUUUGUGUUCCACGAAACAAUAUAUAUUUGGCGUGAUGUAAAUAUAAACAAAUACAUACCGAUUUCUGACGGCU